UGUAGCUUUUAGAGAGAUUCAUAUUGAGUGCUGUACUCUAGAUUCUGUCAACUGAUGAAGGGUUUGACUAGUAGAUCUGUAUUGUAUAUAUUUCAAAUGAACGGUCGUCGUGUUUGUUUUUUUUGCAGUCUGUUGAUGUUUGCAGGCCUAGCGCUUGGCCUUGAGUUACCUUUAAACAAUUUUAAAAAACGAAGUGCAGUCUACUAAAAGGGCAGACCCCAGUGAAUUAAAAACAGUAUUCUUGAAGUUUUGUAGUGUCACCAAGGAUGGGGAGCAUUACAUGACUCCAACAGAUUUUGUGCAGAAAUAUUUGGGAUUACACACCGAUCCACAUUACAACCCCAAGACUGUACAGCUUCUAGCUGGCGUGGCUGACCAAACUAAAGAUGGGUUGAUCUCCUUUCAAGAGUUUCUGGCAUUUGAAUCUGUUCUGUGUGCUCCUGAUGCCAUGUUUAUUGUGGCUUUUCAGCUGUUUGACAAGAAUGGCAAUGGAGAAGUAACAUUUGAAAACAUCAAAGAGAUCUUCAGCCAGACAAUUAUGCAUCAUCACAUUCCUUUCAACUGGGAUUGUGAGUUUAUUCGGCUGCACUUUGGCUUUGACAGGAAAAAGAAUCUUUCAUACUCUGAAUUUACACAGUUUUUGCAGGAGCUACAGCUAGAACAUGCAAGACAAGCCUUUGCACAAAAGGACAAAAACAAAAGUGGCACAAUUGUGGCAUUAGACUUCAGUGAUAUUAUGGUUACUAUUCGUUCACACAUGCUAACUCCUUUUGUUGAAGAGAACCUUGUCUCAGCAGCAGGUGGAACUACCUCUCAUCAAGUCAGCUUUUCUUACUUCAAUGCAUUUAACUCCUUGCUGAAUAACAUGGAACUUAUUCGGAAGAUAUACAGCACUUUAGCAGGCACAAGAAAAGAUGUACAGGUUACUAAAGAGGAGUUUGCUCAUGCUGCCAAUAAAUUUGGACAAAUUACACCGUUGGAGGUUGAUAUCCUUUUCCAGCUUGUGGCUUUGUACAGUCCAACAGGGCGAGUCACUCUGGCAGAUAUUGAAAGAAUAGCACCAUUGGAGGAAGGGGCUCUACCAUACAACCUGGCUGAAGUCCAGAGGCAGCAAUCCUACAGUGAUACGAGCAGGCCUAUUUGGCUCCAGGUUUUUGAGUCUGCUUACAGGUUCACUUUGGGCUCAAUUGCUGGAGCGGUGGGAGCUACUGCAGUUUAUCCUAUCGAUUUAGUGAAAACAAGGAUGCAGAACCAGCGCUCUACAGGAUCCUUCAUUGGAGAACUGAUGUACAAAAAUAGUUUUGACUGUUUUCAGAAAGUUGUACGAUAUGAAGGCAUUUUUGGCCUUUACAGAGGUCUCUUACCACAGUUAUUGGGUGUUGCUCCAGAAAAGGCCAUUAAACUCACUGUAAAUGAUUUUGUACGAGACAAGUUCACUCGAAGAGAUGGCUCAAUUCCUAUUAUUGGAGAAAUCCUCGCUGGUGGUUGUGCUGGAGGUUCUCAAGUAAUCUUUACAAAUCCUCUGGAAAUAGUGAAAAUUCGACUCCAAGUUGCAGGAGAAAUUACCACAGGUCCUAGAGUCAGUGCACUUUCUGUAAUGCGUGACCUUGGGUUUUUGGGUUUAUAUAAGGGUGCAAAGGCCUGUUUUCUCCGUGAUAUCCCUUUCUCUGCCAUCUACUUCCCGGUGUAUGCUCAUACUAAACUGGCCUUUGCAGAUGAGCAGGGGAGGCUGGGUGCGUUGCAGCUUCUUGCAGCUGGUGCUAUUGCAGGUAUUCCUGCUGCUUCCUUAGUAACUCCUGCAGAUGUCAUCAAAACAAGACUUCAAGUAGCAGCUCGUGCUGGUCAGACUACCUAUAGUGGUGUUAUUGACUGUUUUAGGAAGAUCUUAAGAGAGGAAGGUCCCAGAGCUUUAUGGAAGGGAGCUGGAGCCCGUGUCUGCCGGUCCUCACCUCAGUUUGGUGUAACUCUGGUGAGUUACGAACUUUUGCAAAGGUGGCUCAACAUUGACUUUGGGGGAAUCAAACCUGUUGGUUCUGAGCCCACACCGAAAUCUAGGAUCGCCGACCUUCCUCCCGUCUCGCCUCAUCACAUUGGAGGAUACAAACUAGCUGCUGCCACUUUUGCUGGAGUUGAAAACAAAUUUGGCCUCUACCUGCCUAAAUUUAGAUCAUCAGGUGUAGCUUCAAUCCAUCCACAAGCGUCACCUGGUUCUCCAGAAUCUUAAAAGAUCUCCCAAAGCAAUGAGGUGCAAUGUAUAAAGCUGCAUGUAGGUGGAGGUCAGUUGGAAUUUGAUUGAAAUCAUGUAUUUCCUAAUUAAAUUUUUGUAAUAAUACUAAAUGUUUGAAUUGUUUGCAUUGCAGAAAAUUGUUGCUACAGAAUUUACUUGUAUAAUUUUAGAGAUCAUGUGUAAAAGAUGAAACAAAACUCCACCUACAGCUAGAAAUAAAUACUUAAAACCACUUAAAUUUCAUGAUUGUUUCAAAAAGCAAUGUAUUCAAUUGUUGAUUUCUGACUUGAAUACUGUUGAUAUUUGUUGUGUUGACUGCUAUGGACACUUUAAAGUUGUUUUAUUCUUGAUGUGAUUUUUCUUGAUCUUUUCUUCUCUUGCUUAUGAAGCACCAGAAAAAAGUUCAAAACAGAACUUAUUAUUAAUGAAAAAGUAUCUAAUGUUACAAAGUUUAAUGCACAUUUUAUUUUGUUCAUUCAUUAAAGUGCAGAAAAGUUAUUUUAACUUGUUUGGGUUCAAAAAUUGUUUCACAAUAAUGCAACUGAUAUCAAACUUGGCUUAAAUGUGGGCAGGUUGGUUAAUGUUUUACUUCUGCAUAUUAAGAUUCAAACUCUGGUGUGGGCAGAGCUCAUGCACAUCCGCAAUGAAAACACUGCUAUAGCAUGAAAAACCAUUUUGUUUAAUAAUAUUAUCAGUGAAGAAGGAUUCUCCGUAAAGUCUGUAUAUUAGACACAAGUUGAAAAGAUGGACGAGUGUGCUCAGUAUAAAACAGAAUUCUUUAAAAAUGCAUUUUGUAAGUAUUCUUACAAACGUGACAGGAGUAGUCAAGUAACGACCAACCCUAAGAAUUUUCAUGCCUUUCACGAAUGUUAAAUAAAUGCCAGCUUCUGGCUGAACCAUGUCCUCAGCAUUUCCAAAAAAACCCUAUUAAAAUCAAUAGCUGUAAUACAUACGAAGGGAGUUGAUUCUUCCUUUUGGAAUUGGGUCACUUUUCUAGCUGGCAUAAUAAUCCAACAUUAAUACUGAUUUUAAAUUUUUUAAAUUUAAGAUUGCAUUAUUUUAGAUUUUGCUUUACAAAACUUGUACUUGAUAUACCUGUACAUAUUGUACAUCUGUACAGACACCAUAGGGACUGAGUAAAACAGAAGUGGUGCAAUAAGCUUAAGUUAAAGGUUGGUGGAAGACAUUGUACAGAUUAUAAUUUUGUUAAAUCAUGCCAGGAUAUUACUGUUUGAAUCAUAAUUUUCAUUGUAUUGAUUUCUUUAAUGAGAAUGAGGCUGUUAGAUUUGGUGUCUGAAUUGCUGGGAAGUCUGGAUAUAAUUUUAGGCCAAUAGGUAAAUCAACCUGAGCUCAAACUUGCUUUUUAUGAUGUAUAUUUCAGCACAUUUGCUGGAGGUGUUCUUUUAUUUUGUAAUUGGGUGUUUCUCAGUAAAUUGAAGCUGCAUCUGAAUUGUGUACAGACUAAAAUUGCAUUAUUCAUUAACCUACCACCAGCAGUUUGUGUGACAAGGAAUACAUCUAAUGUGACAUUUCUACAAUUAAACUGUAUAUAUGGCAGAUAAAA